UGUAGAGGCUCCUUGCAUUUUUUUGCUGUUUUCAGAUCUAUGGCAAUGAACUGUGACCAACUAAUUCCUUCCUUGAAUGCCUAGACGUGUUGAAUUAUGCUCGCAUUGUACAGUAUUUUGCCACAGAAUUAGCGGGAGACGAAAUAUAAGAAUCACAAUUUACAACAUUUAAACACCGUCUGGAUUUUUUCGGGUAAUAAUGUAUACGUUGGUGAGUGGGCUUGUGCGUGAAUUGCUGAAGAGAGACGAGUACAACGUGCUAAUUUUGGGACUGGACAAUGCGGGCAAGACUACUCUUUUGGAGCACACUAAAAUUAAAUUCACAUCUGGCUACACUGGCAAACCCUUUCACAAGAUCACUGCAACCAUCGGGCUCAAUAUCGGAAAUAUAUCCACACUGGGUGUGAAUCUUCUGUUCUGGGACUUGGGAGGACAAGACGAACUGCAGAGUUUGUGGGACAAAUACUACGCCGAGUGCCAUGGAGUCGUCUGGGUUGUAGACUCACUAGACGAAGCACGAGUGGAUGACAGCAGAGUGGCGUUUGAGAAGAUGAUCAGAAAUGAGCACAUGCGGGGGGUGCCUCUUCUGUUCCUCUGCAACAAGCAGGACAUGGUGGGGUGUCUGAAUGUGAACCAGAUUAGAGAGGCCUUCAGUGACAGUGCCUCUAAAAUGGGCAGCAGAGACUGCUCCGUCAGGGGAGUGUCCGCUCUACAUGGACAAGGUAUCAAAGAUGCGAUUGUGUGGCUUGCUCAGUGUGUGAUCAAAAACAACGAAACCAGACCACCUAUCAACAAAGACGACUGACAAGAAACACAUCUCAAUGGGCAGUCCGUACUAUAUCAUACACGACAACCAGAUCCACACAGUGUUGAAAGGGAGACAAGGGUAGAUAGAUGUGGAACGAUGGUUUUUGGUGAGGCUUCUCCACCAGGUCACAGCAGGGAUGGAAUGCCUUUUUAGCAUGUGGUCUUCCCGGCACACUCUAGAAAAAGUGACACAACAUUUCAAACCAAUCAGAUCGAAUGAAAUAAUGAACUAGACAUUUAAAUUACUCAAAUCAAAAUCCCGAAAAUUGUUUUGUGUAAAUGAACGCAGUGAAUUCAAUUAUCAAGGUCGUGUUUAAUUUUUAUGGAGGAAAAGGUAUAAAUGACGGAGCAAACAAAUCUGAUAGACUUUAAUCUUCCAAAUGGAAAUGAAUUUUCAGAAUUUGUAGCAAAGUAAAAAAAAAAGUAUCUAUUGAUA